CCAAUGAAAAUCACAUCAAACAAACAGACUCAUGAUACAACACCUAAACCACAGCACACAACUACUCCUCAAAAUAAAAACAAUAUAAAUAUUAACAGAAUACAUCAUCUUAAACACUAUGCACUAUAACCAAACACUUUAAAUAAAAAGCUUAAUAACGAAAAAAACCAUUAAAAUAAUUAUUAAAAUCCAGGAAGACUCUCAAAAGAAACAUGGAAGACGCGACCGUAGUUGAAGACAUUCCCCAAGUAGUGGAAGAAACCCCCAAAGUUGCUGACCCUGCAGUGGAAGACUAUAGCAACCAAGAAAAUAAACCAGCUGUAGGGAAUAGCGAUGCGGUCAGUUUGGUUAGUGGGGUCGAUUUUGUAAGGAAUGCUUCCUUUACGCCAUCGACUAUGGAUCUCACCAAAUCGCGUAAUAAGGACGGAACGGAACAUGACGGAGUAGAGGCGGAAGAACGGAAGAAGAUACUUCGGGAACUCAUGGGACGUUUUAAGCAACGGGACGGGGAUAGCACAUCUAUGCGACUAAGCCAGAAAUUGAUGUCCAUAGAGGAAGAUCGGAGGUCCACUGUCCAGUUUACGCGCGAUAGUCCUGAAGAAAAGGAAUCACCCAGCGGAUCCGAAAACGUAAAGGAUACAUCUUCUACGCUGACAAUAGCCGCAUCAGAUAUCUAUGUUGAUAGCAGUCGCGAUUCUAUAGACGAAACUGAAUUGAAUCCCAUGCAGGUGGCGGUCAAGUCGCUGAUGUUUGUGCCGCAUCUAUCCGACAUUUCCCUCGGAUCAGCCGUCAGUCGGCGAAGCCGUCGAAAAUCAUCUGUAUCGGCUAAGAGCCUAAAAUCCAUUACAGGGGAUGUAGGUGGGUUUAAGGAUCCGACAUCUAAACGUGAUUCCGAUGAGAGCGACAGUGAUGAGGAAGAAAAUGAGGAGAAGGAGGAAAGCUCCAAAUCAGAGUCAAGUUUAGAUGCUUCUCAAUUGCGGGCUACACAGGAUUCGAUGUUGGAUAGCGUCACAAUGAAUAUAUCGGAUCACGAAGUCCACUUGGAGACCCAGAGUCACAUGGAACUAGGCCUGGACGAUUUCCUGAAUUUAACGAGAACAUCUCAGUCCUUAUCUGAGGCCGACACCGAGUUGCCCAACAAGGACCAUGAGACCAACAUGGUGAUUGGCACAUUCAUUGAACAAUUAGUCGGCGAAGUAGUCUUCUUAAUUGAGCACAAGAGUCCCAACGAAUUGCUCAGGGAGAAUUUAGACAAACUAAAGCUGAUCGCUGCUUUGGAGAUUCUUGUAAACGAUUUCCUGAUGCUCAAGGAUAUAAACUCCGUCCUCAACGAACGCAUGGUCAGCUACUGCCGGCAGAACAAGUUGUUGAGAAAUAUCCAGCCACUUUCCAGCGAAGAGACGGCAGUGGCCCAGUUACGCUACAAUGCGGCACUACAAAAUCUCGGCGAAGGACUUGAUCGGGUUGCUCAGGUGAAAACUGAAGCUGGCUUGGCGUCCAAUAAGGCAAUCAUAUCCCUCGUCCACAUCAACAACGUUGCCACCACCACGGAAGUCCAUCUGGAGGGGGUUAUACGGAAGCUGCUGGUCCGGCCGGAUGCCGAAACGGAUUACCUCAAGAGAAUGGUGGCGAAGGAGUUGCGAUUGAUGGCCACCGUCCGGAAUGAGAUCAGUGAUACUAGGCUGUUUAUGUUGACCCGACUACACACUUUGGCAGUUACUAGGGAAAGGGCAGAGAAGCUAGAGUGUGUUGCGGAAAAUGUAAGCAUGAAUGCCUUUGUUGCGACACAAGCCAAUGUGGUUGCCCUGGAAAAAAAAUUAGAGGAACGGAAUGUGGAUCUUAAGAAAUCUCGACACCAUUACCACUACGAACUACAUCAGAUCCAGCACAAUCGUGAAAAGGUCUUGACCAUUAGAAACAGACUACAAUCCAUGAAAUUCGAUCUGCUGGAGAAGAGCGAGAUACGAAACAAGGUAAAGAGCAAGCUCGUGCGCCUGAAGAUGGAACGGCAAAGGAUGCGAAGGGAACUCAACGACCUCACCUAUCGAGGCGGUAUUCUGGCGAUGCCUGCCCUCAUGCGCGACUACGAUCGAACUGUGGAGUAUGUGGAGAAAAAGGAACAGGAAGUCAUGCUACUCAGAGAUAAGUUGCGAGCCGGCAGCAGUUCCAUGUCCUCCUUCAAUCUUAUGAACAAGAAGCUCACAAGAGCACAAUCAAGAGCGCAACUGGAGUAAAAUAUAAUGAGAUUUUUACACAAACCAUUCUGGGUCUAUCGGACAGUUAGGAAAUAGAUUUUCUUCUCUGACCUUAGAAUUUAUAAGAUCAGCGAAAUAUUUGUCAUAUUUCAAUAUGUAUUAUAAAUAAGAGUCUUAAUUAGUUAUGAGCAGAAUGCUAGACUUCCUACUUAUAAGCUUAUUCAUCAGUGAUAGCCCUGAAUCGGUACAGAAAAUCUCUUAAUGACCCAUUAUAAAAAUAUAUUCCCCUCUUCAUUUUCAGUGUCAAGUUUGUUAUUUAUCUGCUAGCUUUUAUUUAUGCCUUUUAUAUAUAGUUUCAACACAAAAAAAAAAACAGAAAAUAUGGGAAAGGCGAAUGGCACUUUUCGUUGUUCUCAUUAAUAUUCCGCAAUUCCCAUUCAAUUGUUGGAAAUUCAGAAUUAUUCGAAAUUUCUAAAUUACCCAAAACUUAAGAAAUUGGCACACGUAUUCGAGAAAUACCGACAAUUAGCCAACAACUAAUGAAAGAUAUUAUUUAUUCUCAUGAAGGAAGUACUCGAUAUGAUUUAUUGAUUAACAACAAGACUAUCUGCUAUUGGUUGAUACUUUUUAGAAAGGGUUUUUUCUAGAUUUUUCCAUUGGUUUUUAAUUUUGGACUUUUGUGCCCCCACCCCAGCAUUAAUACCCUCUGACAGGCCAUAAUAAAUUAAGAAAUCUUAAAAGUGCCAGGCUAAAGGCGUGAAAAAUAUUCUCGGCCUGUCUGGCAUAUUUCUUUUUGCCAAAAAUUGCACCUGCAAUACAUACUGACUACUAUGUGUUUUUAGUGAAAACAAUUUCACGCCUCGGGCAGGUGAGCAAAGGGGAAAAUUCCUAAUCGUACAUAUACUUGUAUACCUAUACACUUUGGUGUUAACUUUGGACAUUGUAGAUGUGUUGACCUCGACACGCUUCAGUGGAAUUUUUCAUCAUCUCACCCACAACCCCCAUCGGUGAGUGUUUAUGUUUAGUUUUUAACGAUGAUAGGAUCUCGUAGAUAUAUUCCCGAAUAGAUAUAGAAAAGACAUUUAUAGAAUCUAUUUGCUGUUCGCAUUUGGUGGCCGUAGGCAGAUAAAUAAACUCUCUAAUACACCCACACAAAAAACACAAUCUCAAGGUUAUAAUAGAGGUGAUCA